UGAUGUUAGAAUCACCUCAUGCGGGUGACAAGUGAACUGUUAGAGAACACUUGACGUUUGGUAUUCGAAUGUAAAACGUUUGCACAUUAAUAUUACUACUAGGUAACCUAUCUUUCACAAUGGCCAGUGGGUCAUCAAAUGAUACCCAGCUAACAAUUGCUCAGAAAACAUGGGAGAUGGCCAAUAACAUUGAAACUAUUAGCAUUAUUGAUGAAAUAUACCGUUAUGAUCGAAAACAACAACAAGAUAUUCUCGCAGCUAAGCCAUGGGAAAAAGACCCACAUUUUUUUAAAGAUAUCAAGAUUUCAGCUCUUGCUUUGCUCAAGAUGGUGAUGCAUGCUCGAUCAGGUGGUACACUUGAGGUGAUGGGUUUGCUCCUAGGAAAAGUAGAUGCUAAUACCAUGAUGGUUAUGGACUCCUUUGCUCUCCCAGUGGAAGGCACAGAGACUAGAGUUAAUGCACAGGCACAAGCAUAUGAAUACAUGACAGCAUAUAUUGAGGCAGCAAAACAGGUUGGUCGACUAGAGAAUGCCAUUGGCUGGUACCACAGUCAUCCAGGAUAUGGUUGUUGGCUCUCAGGCAUCGAUGUGUCUACUCAGAUGCUUAAUCAGAACUUCCAGGAGCCUUUUGUUGCCAUUGUAAUUGAUCCUGUCCGAACAAUUUCUGCUGGAAAAGUUUGUCUUGGGGCUUUUAGAACAUAUCCAAAGGGAUACAAGCCUCCAAAUGAAGAACCGUCAGAAUACCAAACUAUACCUCUCAACAAGAUUGAAGACUUCGGUGUUCACUGCAAGCAAUAUUAUUCUCUUGAAGUGACAUACUUUAAAUCGUCUUUAGAUCGCCGUCUGCUAGAUUCCUUAUGGAAUAAAUACUGGGUGAAUACGCUAAGUUCAUCUAGCCUUCUGACUAAUGCAGAUUAUACCACUGGGCAGAUCUUUGAUCUCUCUGACAAACUGGAACAGUCUGAGGCUGCUCUUGGACGUGGAGGCUUUAUGCUUGGUGGGGCUGACCCACAUGACAAGAGAACUGAAGACAAGUUAUUGAAAGCCACAAAGGACAGUUGCAAAACAACCAUAGAGAUAAUUCAUGGCCUUAUGGCUCAGAUGAUUAAGGAUUGCCUUUUCAAUCACAUUAAACCCAAAUAUGAAACAUAAAAUACAACACUAUGUAUGACAUAAUUUUUAAACAGUUUCAAAAAAAUUGUCUCUUCUAAUGAUAUGGCAACAUGAUUAAAAAAUUGGUGCAAAUAAAGUGAAAUUAUCACAUUUGGAAGUUAGUGUACUAUCCCCAAGUGGUAAGAAAAUUUGAGUGCUGCUGAUUUCAGCAAAACAUUUGAUAAAAUGUGCCAAUAUGACAAAGAAUUUAUGGAACAGCUGUUUCAGUUUCCUUUAUAUUUUUUCUGAGUACCACUUUCCAAGGAUUCAUGUUUCAUUCAAUAACGUCCUAUGUUUUGAAGGGCUGUCAUAUUUACCUGAAUAUUAAAUUUCCCAACAUUAAAAACUUUA